AUGAGUUCCCAGAGGUUUAUCUUUUUUUCGGACCAAGUGGUCACUUUUUGCGCCAAUUUUUCUGGAAUUCCCAUUGAGGAUCAUACUGCAUCUAGUUUGCAGGUCGAACUAGAUGACUUGGAGCGACGUUGGCGUCAACUGACACAGGUUUAUGAGACGGAGAUGACGUCUGAAAAACCUGAGUACACUCAAGAGGUGCGCAAUGCGAUUCACUCGAAGUUCUCUGAAUCUUGUAGGGCAUACAAGGCCUGUAAGGCGGCUAUUCUUGAUUUGGUUCAAAUUGAGAGGCAGAAGCUGGAGAAGUCUAAGGCGAAGGAGGAAACAGAGACUAGGGCUACGGAAGAUGGGGGUUUCGUUGUAAAAGUCCCGCCAUGCGACACUGAAUUUUUUAGUGGUGGCUACGAUAAGUGGCCGAGUUUCAGGGACAUGUUUACGGCAAUUUAUGCCAAACACCCCAAAUUGUCUCCUGCGCAGAAGCUAUUCCACCUUCGGUCAAAGACGCGUGGGGAGGCAAAUCAGAUCGUGAAACAGUUUGCGCUCACUGAUGAAAAUUUCAAGUUGGCUUGGGAGGCUCUGCGAUCGCGUUAUGAAAAUAGACGCAUUCUGAUAAAUUACCAACUUAGGAGAAUUUUCGAAACUGAACACGUAUCCUCAGAGAAAGGGAAGGCUUUGAGGAACUUACAAUUCACAGUUAACAACUGUCUGACUGUUCUAAGGUCCUACGGUUUAUCUGUUUUAUCAUGGGACCCUUUUCUUGUUUUCUGGGUGUCGUCCAGGCUGCCGGACGAAACACUUACUGCUUGGGAGAAUUCAAUAGAUGACCACAAAUCAAUGCCAAGUUGGAGUCAACUGGAUGAUUUUAUCGCGAAAAGGUUAGACAUGUUAGAGUCAAUUUCCGAUAUGAAGAGACCGACGAAUUCUUCUCAAUCUGCUCACAAAUCUCAGAAUUUUCACACGAAGUCGGAUUCGAAUUAUCGCCCAUGCAAAAUUUGUCGACAGAACCAUUCUUUGAGGGGCUGUCCACAAUUUAAGGCUUGGCCACUGGGUAAGAAGAAAAAGUUUGUUUCUACCAACAAGAUUUGUGAGAACUGUCUCUCCUACGGACAUCAGGCUCAGAAUUGCCAAAGCGAAAAGUUGUGCCAGACUUGUCAGCAAUCACAUCAUACUAUGCUACACCCGGAUCCCACUGGCCCCGCCGGAAAUAGGAAUUCAGGUGCAAGACAUACAAGUGGAACAACCGGAAACAGCUCACAAAACAACCAACAUGAAUCAUCCUCAUUUCACGUCGAUGCACAAUAUGAGGAUGAGCCAUCUACUUCCUAUGCCGCCUAUGAUGAUGUAUCGAAUGUCCAAUCUAAUUUUGCAAACUCCGGACAAGAAACGGUUUUACCUACCGCCUUAGUGAACAUCGAGCACUUGGGAACAUUGUUUGCCAUUCGGGUAUUUGUUGAUCAAGGCUCUCAGGAGUCCUUUAUUUCAAGUCGAAUUGUUAGACAACUUUCAAUCCCCACUAAAAAGUCGUUAACUCGAAUAUCUGGGUUAGGAGGAACCGUUCUGGAAAACUCAUCUAAACUGUGUGAUGUUACUCUGCAGUCCCGAAAGUCUGACUUCAAAUUACGCACCUCGGCCAUUGUUAUUUCCAAUCUGAAGCAUUUAAUGCCAGGUGCUCCCACCCAAAUUUCUGAUUGGUCGGCGUUAAAUCGCCUGGAAUUGGCAGAUCCAAACUUCUUUAAGCCUGGCCCCAUAGAUAUGUUGCUUGGAAGCGAUAUUUUACCGUAUAUCAUUAAAUCUGGUGUUCAAAAGAAUGUUUCUGGAAGUCUUUUGGCACAGGAAACGGAAUUUGGGUGGCUGAUAAGUGGACCACCAAGACCACGCUCUGUUACAACAUUUGCUUCCUGGGUGGUAUCCACUGAUACUCUAAAUGACGACAUUCGAAAGUUCUGGGAAAUAGAGGAAGUUCCAAUUGCAAAACCUCUUUCUGAAAGUGAUGCCCGGUGCGAAGAAUUUUUCCGAAAGACAACUGAUCGUCUGCCUGAUGGGAGAUACAGGGUCCGCCUGCCAUUCCGACAGGAUUUACCGCCUGAUAGAGUACUCGGAUCUUCGCGACGUAUUGCUAUGGGACAAUUCUUUCGUAUGGAGAAAACUCUUGGACAUUCUCCUGAACUUGCCAAAGAAUACAAAAGGGUAUUAUCUGAAUAUUUAAAGCUUGAUCACAUGGAAAUCGCGCCAUCAAUGGAAAUAUGUGAGAACAAUCGCUACUCUUCUUUUUAUCUACCGCACCAUGCUGUGGUUAGAUCUGAAAGCGUCUCCACCAAAUUAAGAGUGGUAUUUAACGCAUCCAAAAAAACUUCUACAGGAGUUUCAUUGAACGACAUGCUACAUACAGGCCCCACUCUUCAAAACGAUCUAAUGAACGUUAUAUUGCGCUGGCGAUUUUUUAAGUAUGUGUUUAAUGGCGACAUUGAAAAGAUGUACCGCCAAAUUCUGAUUCACGAAGAGGACAGACCCUAUCAAAAGAUACUGUUUCGUAACUCGACUAGUGAAGGGGUUGAUGAUUUCUGGUUAAAAACUGUCACAUUCGGUGUGAACUGUGCACCAUAUCUGGCUAUACGCACACUGUUGCAAUUGAGUGAAGAUGGAAAGAAUACCCACCCAACGGCUGCAUCCAUUCUACGAACCCAAAUCUAUGUGGACGACAUUCUUUCGGGUGGACACACAAUAACGGAAGCCCGAUCACACGUCUUGGAACUUAUUGACUUGUUAAAUUCUGCGGGUUUCCCUCUAAAAAAAAUGACGGCUAAUCACUCUAAAAUUCUUCAACACUUGCCCCCGGAAGACCUUCUUACAGAAGAUUUUUUGAAAAUCGAAGAAACAAGCGAUACCAAAACAUUAGGCAUUCGAUGGAAUGCUAUGUCUGAUCAAUUUUAUUACAAAGUCACCAACAUUUCCAUUCCGUCUACUCCGAUUACUAAACGGAAAAUAUUGUCUAUAGUUGCUAAACUAUUCGAUCCAGCUGGUUGGUUAACCCCGAUAAUUGUAUUGGCCAAAAUUCUCAUGCAACAGCUUUGGAUUGACGGCACGAACUGGGAUGAGGAAGUCAAACCACACUCCUUGGAAAAGUGGAAUAUGUUUCUUUCAAAUUUCAAUGAAAUUGAGAAUAUUAAAAUUCCUCGGUGGAUCCAUUACGCCCCAGAGGCAAGGAUUCAAAUUCAUGGCUUCUGUGACGCUUCUGAGAAAGCAUACUGCGCCUGUUUGUACAUUGUAUCAACUAUUUCGGAUAGCGCUACAACAUCGUUUCUGUUAGUUUCCAAAAGCAAAGUGGCACCGUUGAAAACUGUCAGUCUUCCCAGGCUGGAAUUAUGUGGAGCUACACUGCUAUCAAAAUUGUUGAAAUCAGUUCGUCAACAUUUAAGCUUCACUGUUUCAGAAAUAUAUCUGUGGUCAGAUUCUACCAUUACAUUAUCCUGGCUACAAAAACCUCCAUUUUACUGGAAAACCUUUGUUGCCAAUAAAGUUUCCGAGAUACUAGAAAACGUUGGAAAUGUCAACUGGAGAUACGUUCCAACCAAGGAUAACCCUUCCGACAUUGGUACUCGUGGAUGUACUGCGUCAGAACUAGACGCAAAUCAUUUAUGGUGGCAUGGACCACAGUGGCUCGUCAAACCAUCUGAGUUUUGGCCUAAGCAAAUGACCUACAAAGAGGCUUUUAUCGAGAAAAAGGUUAUUACCUGCCAAACACAAGUGAUUGACGAUAUACUGGAACGGUUCUCAUCUCUCGAUCGGGCUCUACGGGUAAUCUGUUUCAUGCUGCGAUUUGCAAGGAGAUGUCAAAAAAGGAAUUUCCCGGAAACAGAAAAUGUAUUCAUUUCUCCGCAGGAGAUUAUUUCUACAAAAUUUCGAUUAGUAAGACUUGCACAGAUUUCAUACUUUUCUGCCGAAUACCAGGCCCUUGAGUCCCACCAACCUAUUAAUUGCAAAAGUAGGUUAUUGACUUUAAAUCCAUUUCUCGACGAACAUGGUCUGCUGCGAGUAAAUGGCCGCUUGGCAAACUCGGACUUAAGCUUUAACGAAAGAUUUCCCAUCAUAGUGCCACAGAAUUCCAGGUUUUGCAAGCUGUUUAUUGAUUAUACACAUAAGAUUCUUUUACAUGCGGAGCAUCAAACCAUGUUGCGUGCUAUUCGACAGGAGUUCUACAUCAUUCGCCUAAAGAGCGCUGUACGUCAUUGUGUCAGGAGUUGCAAAAUCUGUACCGUUUAUAAACAUCGAGUGAGAAACCAAAUUAUGGCUGCAUUACCGGCUGAAAGAUGCACAUUCUCUUUGCCUUUUACGCACACUGGACUUGAUUUUGCAGGUCCGUUUGAAUUGAAAACUUCCAAAUUGCGAAAUGCGAAAUUGCAAAAGGGAUACGCUGCUAUAUUUGUCUGCCUAUCGACCAGGGCUAUUCACUUGGAGGCCUGUUCAGACCUUUCCACUGAGGCCUUUCUUUCCACCUUUAAUCGUUUCGUAGGACGACGGGGGUUUCCUAAAAAAGUCUUCUCAGACAAUGGUACCAAUUUCAUUGGAGCAAGUAGAUCUCUCUUAAGGGAAUACAAGGAGUUCCUCAGAAAGGCCGAGAAAUCGGUUGCAGAGAAGUACGGAAUGUACGGGUUUUCCUGGCAUUUCAUUCCACCCCAUGCUCCACAUAUGGGUGGCCUGUGGGAGGCAGCUGUAAAGAGCAUGAAGGCUCAUUUACGGAAAGUUGCCUCCAAUCUCAAAUUUACUUAUGAGGAAUUUUCCACACUGUUGGUCAGGAUAGAAAGUGUGCUUAAUUCCAGACCAUUGUCACCAAUAAGCGAGGACCCGACUGAUCUUAUUCCUUUAACCCCUGGCCAUUUCAUAAGAGGAGCAGCGCUUAUGGCGAUCCCUGAAGAGUAUUCAGACAAUCUCUCUUUGAUGAAUCGCUGGCAAAGACUGAAAUCUUUGCAAAUAAUGUUUUCUAAACGGUGGAAAAACGAAUAUGUUUGUGAACUACAAAGAAGAUAUAAAUGGAAAUCAUCUCAACAAAAUUUAGAAAAGGAUGACUUCGUUGUGGUCAAGGAAGACAAUUUACCCCCUACUGAAUGGUGCUUAGGUAGAGUUAUCAAAGUAUUUACUGGGCAAGAUUCAAAGGUUCGUGUGGCGGAAAUACGCACACAGAGGGGUACAAUUGUUCGACCCUUGGUUAAACUGUGUAUCCUUCCAAAAGCUUAG